AAGGUCUAAUUUUUGGGUUACGGAUUUUCAUGAUUUUGUAGUUGUGCAGCUCAGCUAACUGGGUAUACUGGGAUUAAUUAUACUUCUGCCUCAUUUGCCUCAGCAAUGCUCAACCUCAUCCCAGGUUUUACUUUCAUACUUGCCGUCAUUUUCAGGAUGGAGAAAUUGGAUUGUAGAAGUACAAGCACCCUGAUCAAAUCCGUUGGAACCAUCGUCUCAAUUGCCGGAGCGUUCACAGCCACUCUCUACAAGGGACCACAAAUUUUGUUGACUUCCUUAUCUUUGACGCCUCAAAAUCAUCUUCAUUUCCAGGAAACUGACUGGGUGAUUGGAGGACUAUAUCUUGUAGUGGAUUGUAUAGCUGGUUCAUUAUAUUUAAUUGUACAGGCUUCCGUCCUAGAGAAAUAUCCAGUUGAGCUGAUUGUGGUCUUCUUUUACUGCUUCUUUGCGUCCAUUCUAUCAGCAAUUGUCUCUCUAUUUAUGGACAGGAACUUAAAUGCUUGGAUGCUACAACCUAGUACGAGAUUGUUGGCUGUUUUAUACUCAGGAAUAUUUGGGUCAGCAUUUCAAGUCAGUGUGAUGUUUUGGUGCAUCCGUAGAAAGGGACCUCUCUUUGUUGCUAUGUUCCAUCCUCUUGGAAUCGUAAUUGCUGCUGCAUUGGGUAUCAUCUUCUUAGGAGAUACUUUCUACCUUGGAAGCUUGGUGGGGUCAAUUAUAAUUGUUGUUGGCUUUUAUGCUGUCAUGUGGGGGAAAACAAAAGAGGAAGAGGUGAAUGAAGACAAGCUCACAAGAAAUAUCAAUUCAGAGGCCCCGCUCUUGCCAAAAAAGGAUGCGGUGACAAAAAUAUAAGCAUAAAUUAUCGAAUGGAAGAAGUCAAUGCAGGUUGACAAUGCAUAUUCUGAAAGUUGCAGACAUGGAAGCCACAACCAAUUACUGAAGUUUGGAUAAAAUUGUUGAAACAUUCAUACAUAUGCUUACUUUUGCUGUAAAUGCAGAGCAAAUAAACCUCUGAAAUGUAUUAUAAGUCUCAUGAAUUAUGACUUGGUUUGUCACAUUCCUCAUCAGUGUAUAUAAUUUUAUUAUUUUGGUCA